GUCUCCCGCGCUGCAUUGUGGGACGUGGGCUGCUGCUGUAGUCAAGAUGGCUGUACACCUGAGACGGGGCGAAGAGCCUGGUUUAGCACAAGGCCGCGAAUGAAGUUUUUAACCGCCAACCCGCCGCGGAUGAUCCAAGCCCCCCGCUCUCCUGGAGUUUACCCGAGCAGCGACCGAAACGUGCACACGCAGCGACGGAGUCCUCCCCCCCAAAAAACAACACCAGAGGAUAAAGUCGUAUGAAUUCCGACGAGAAGGAGGACUGUGAGUGUGCGCCACCACAGGCCCAGCUUAGCCCAGCGAGAGGAGACGCGAGAGAAAACGAGGAGUCUGAAAACGAAAACCCAGAAGCAAGCCGAAUGAAGCGUGCAGCCGCCAAGCACCUCAUAGAGCGCUACUACCACCAGUUAACGGAGGGCUGUGGGAAUGAGUCGUGCUCAAACUCAUGGUGCGCGUCCUCGCUGGGGUUCAGCCGCAUGGACAACAACGCAGCGGCCGUCAAAGCUCUGGAGCUCUACAAGGUCAACGCAAAGCUGUGCGACCCCCACCCAUCUAAAAAGGGCACUGCGUCCACAUACCUGGAGACGCAUGGCAACCAGGACGGCAACAGCAAGAUGAACAACAAGGAUAACCACUCGGUCAGGGACAACUUCAAAGAGAUCACCUAUCUGACUGAGGAGAAGGUCUAUGAGAUCCUGGACAUCUGUGGUGAGAAGGAGGACUACUCUCCCCUUAUCCGAGUCAUUGGCCGGGUUUUCUCCAGUGCUGAGGGCCUGGUGCAGAGCUUCCGACGCUCCAAACCCCACACCAAGGAGGAGCUCAAGUCCCUCCAGGGCAAAGACGAGGACAAAGAUGAAGAUGAGAAGGAGGCGGCGGCGGCAUGCUCUGCGGUGGCCAUGGAGGAAGACUCUCCCUCUGCCUCCUCCUCCUCUUCAUCGCGUCUAGGGGACGGAGAAGCACAGAAGCUGGGUCCGGACGAGGUCUCCGUGGACAUCGAGGCGGUGCGGCGGAUGUAUGAGCGCUUGCUAUCUAACGAAAAGAUCGAGGCCGCCUUCCUCAAUGCACUGGUCUACCUCUCGCCCAACGUGGAGUGCGACCUGACCUACCACAACGUCUACUCUCGAGACCCCAACUACCUGAACUUGUUUGUAAUAGUCAUGGAGAACAGCAACCUUCACAGCCCCGAAUACCUGGAGAUUGCAUUGCCACAGUUUUGCAAAGCUAUGAGCAAACUCCCACUAGCGGCGCAGGCCAAGCUAGCACGCCUCUGGUCCCACUACACUGCAGAGCAGAUCCGGCGCAUGGUGGAGACCUUUCAGCAGCUCAUCACCUACAAAGUCAUCAGCAAUGAGUUCAACAGCCGCAACCUGGUGAACGACGACGACGCGGUGGUGGCGGCAACUAAGUGCUUGAAGAUGGUGUACUAUGCAAAUGUGCUGGGCGGAGAUCUGGACGUGGAGCAUAACGAGGAAGAGGAUGAAGAACCUAUCCCGGAGUCGAGCGAGCUGACCUUACAAGAGCUGCUAGGGGAGGAGAGGAGGAACAAGAAGGGCCCUAGGGUAGACCCACUGGAGACGGAGCUAGGCAUCCGCACUAACGACUGCAGACGACCGCUAGUGCCCUUUGAAGAGUUCAUCAACGAGCCCCUGAACGAAGUGCUGGAGAUGGACAAGGACUAUACUUUCUUUAAGGUGGAGACGGAGAACAAAUUCUCCUUCAUGACGUGCCCCUUCAUCCUCAACGCUGUUACCAAGAACCUGGGCCUGUACUACGACAACCGGAUCCGCAUGUACAGUGAGCGGCGGAUCACAGUACUGUACAGUCUGGUGCAGGGCCAGCAGCUCAACCCAUACCUGCGCCUCAAAGUGCGCCGAGAUCACAUCAUCGACGACGCUCUGGUCCGGCUGGAGAUGAUUGCCAUGGAGAAUCCUGCAGACUUGAAGAAGCAACUGUACGUGGAGUUUGAAGGAGAACAAGGCGUAGACGAAGGAGGUGUCUCCAAAGAGUUCUUUCAGCUGGUGGUGGAGGAGAUCUUCAACCCAGACAUUGGCAUGUUCACGUACGAAGAGCGCACGAGGCUCUUCUGGUUCAACUCAUCGUCGUUCGAGAAUGAGGGCCAGUACACGUUGAUCGGCAUCGUGCUGGGCCUGGCCAUCUACAACAACUGCAUCCUGGACGUGCACUUCCCCAUGGUGGUCUACAGGAAGCUCAUGGGCAAGAAGGGCACCUUCAGGGACCUGGCCGACGCAAAUCCAGUUUUACACCAGAGUCUGAAGGAGCUGCUGGAGUACGAGGGCAGUGUGGAGGACGACAUGAUGAUCACCUUUCAAAUCUCUCAAACGGACCUUUUUGGGAACGCCCUCAUGUACAACCUAAGGGAAAAUGGGGACAAGAUCCCUGUCACUAAUGACAACAGAAAGGAGUUUGUGUCCCAGUACGCUGACUAUAUACUGAACAAAAGUGUAGAGAAACAGUUCAAAGCCUUCAGGAGAGGUUUCCAUAUGGUCACCAACGAAUCACCGCUCAAGUACUUAUUCAGACCGGAGGAGAUCGAGCUGCUCAUCUGUGGGAGCCGGAACCUCGACUUUCUAGCACUUGAAGAAACAACAGAAUACGACGGUGGUUAUAAUAAAGAUUCAAGGAUUAUUAAGGAGUUCUGGGAAACGCUGCACUCGUUUGGUGAGGAGCAGAAGCGCCUGUUCCUGCAGUUCACCACUGGCACAGACCGGGCCCCUGUGGGAGGCCUGGGCAAACUCAAAAUGAUCAUCGCCAAGAACGGCCCCGACACAGACAGGUUACCUACGUCCCACACCUGCUUCAACGUGCUCUUGCUGCCUGAGUACAGCAGCAAAGAGAAGCUGAGGGAGAGACUGCUGAAAGCCAUUACCUAUGCCAAAGGGUUUGGUAUGCUCUGAGCCCCGCCCCCUGCCCCACUCCUACAACUACACCUGCCCCGCCCACAACAUGAGAACCUCUGGCCCCGCCCUCAGCCCUUUACCAGCCACAGAGCGACCAAUGGGAGUGCAGCAGAAGGUGCCUGUCCCCUUCAGCGGUGUGAAGCACAGAUCCAAGGCGCGCUCCCACACUCUGAAUGUGCCGCGCCGCUGCUCUAUACAGCGUCAUUACAGGAUUAUUUAUUAGCCGUGUUUCUGUCUCUGUUCGGGUACACUGUGGAGAGAGUGGAGUGUCAAUGUGAGCACGCAUUACCAUCUCACUACGUAGCCCCUUCUACGGUGGCCAGGAGGUGCCACAAAAUACGCCCUAGUAGCUAUUAUCCAGCUAAUGUCAAAACAAAUAUAGUAGUACAUGUGAAACUUAAGUCUACGCUAAAGUUGUCUGCCCAUACAAAUCCAGAUUACAAUGUUGCUUUUUAUUUUAUUAGAACUGGACAAAAUCUGUUGUAUUACCCCAAACUGAAGCCAGAAGGCAGGUUUUCCUUAAAUGUUAUAAGACUAGCCCUUCCAAACUUAGUAGGUCUUGAAAAGCUUUUAUAUAGAGGCAAAGCAUAAUUUUUGUCACAUUGACAACCAUAAGCUGGGCAGAGACAUUGUUGCAAUACAGUUAUUGCAGUUAGUGAUUUGGGAUAAGUGAUGCAGUUGGACUGUAUUAAUGGGCAUUUCAUUAAAAAGCCAACAAGCAAUUAAAAAUAUAACUGUCAAAAUACAUAAUAUGUUCUAUGCUUGUUUUGUUUGUUUGUUUUUGUUUCUGUAAGUUAAAGCUGCACUAUAACUUUUCUGGUGGAGGGUCCACCACCGGCUUGUCUCAAUUGAUGGGUUAUUGCUUUGCCUGGAAUGUUCCACAGUGUGGCAUUAAACCUAAUUUAUCUUGCAUUUAUUCAAUUACAGGUCUUUUCUAUUGUUUGAAAUGCCUUGAAAGAAUUCUUACUGUAAGCAGGCUCUCCUCUCCAGACUUGUAACUUGGCCUGGUGUCGUGACCUGUUUGUCUCCAUGGAGAUAAGUUUUUAAUGCCGUACUAUAGAACAUUCCAUGUUCAAAGCUAUUGCAUCUCCACGGAGACGAGCAGGGGGCAGACACUACACCAGAAAGGUUACGCAGUACACCUUUUAAGUUGCAUCAAAGACUGCUCAGUCUGUCAAAAGUAGAUAUUUGAAGCACUUCUUGGCCACUGUAGACCUCGAGUUGUUUAGAAUCUUUUGUUUACCAUUUUGCACCAUUUAUUUGUUUUUAGUGAACUCCUCAGUCAGUUCUUGAAUGGCUGUCUUUGUUUCGGGGGAGGAGACUCAAUCUGAGCUGUGUAAAGUGCACUUAGACAUUUCUUUCCGAAUGUUUUUUGGUCACAGGUUGCCGCGAUUGUCGCAAAGCAUUUGAUGUCUUCCUGUGUUCUUCUGGAUUAAAGACCAGUAUUGCUGUUAGACGGAACAACCAAACUAUUAUAGACCUAAGUGGUUUGUGUGUAGACAGUUCUCCAAGUGCCAACCACUAGAGUGAGGAGGUCCAUUUUGAGGUACAAGUAGUAGUAAUGGUCGUUCCAGUUUGGAGAAGCAGAUGGGAGCCGGAUUUUGUUAUCAAUAUGGUAAUAAAAUAUUCCAUUAAAUGAAUUAUUUGGAUUCUAAAAUAUUUACUGAAAAAAAGUGAUGGCUAUUUUAAAAAAGCAAACGAUAACCUAGCAUGUUUUGUAUGGCAACACAUUGUGCCAUAAACUACACUUCUAUGACAACUAUUGUGUAUCAAAAAAACGUAAAUGUUUCAACUCAGCUUUUGGCUCUUUUUUUUUUUCAAACUUUUUCUUCAAACUCAGUUACCUUAGAAAUUGUAGAAACCAUAGAAAUUUGCAGAACAGAAACACAUUAUGGUUGAGGAGUGACAAAAUUACAAGCAAAUACGUGUUUUGGUUGUGAACGUCCUCAAACGUCUCAAGUGUGUAAUGACUUUACUGGUAAAUGACUACAGUUAGCGAUUUACUGUAAUUCAAAUGUGGGUUAGUCCUAGAGAUGCAGCUUGUUGUACAAUGUAAAAAUACAGUUUUACGGUAUAUCCAUUUUACAGAUUUUGGGGGUAACAUGACUACAGCAAAUAUUAUGUAAACCUCUUCUUAUUCUAUUACAACAAUCUAAUCAAAUUUAUAAAGUUUUUUUUUUUUCUCUUUUAAAUCGUUACCAGUUCAGUUUUGGCCUGAUUUUUUAUAUUUUUUUACUUAAAUUAAUAUAAUUUCUGUCAUGCCUGGUUAGUUUUACAUGAAUAACAAUAGAAUAGGUGUACCUAAUAAUUGGUGAGCGAAAGGGGGUUCCAACCAUGCCACUAAUUCACACCACAGAUCCCUGAGCCAUUCUUUCUGUAUCAAUGCACUUAUUUUGUCAUGAUUUGUAUUUCUGUUCGGCUGGGGUAACAUUUUGUCAUUAUUUGUCGGGUUGCUUAUUUAAACGUUAUGAUUUGACACGGCACGGAUUGCGCUCGGACACUGGAUCAUAAAUGGCGCCAGUUGUGCGUUGCGUUCGUUAGUGGAGUUAACAUGUGGCUAGCAUACUCCAUAACUCCCAACAAGCCAGGUUCAAGGUUUCCAGUUUUCUUUUGCAUUACGUUGUACCUCGGUUCUAAUUAUUUUGGACGCUCGAGAUGCUGCACACACCUUGGACAUGUGAACGGACUCUAGAGCCUAGUGAAGGUCAAAGUUGAACCUGGCAAAGGGAAGCAGUUGAUUGGUUGGUUUGACUUCUUGAACAGUGGUGGACGGCGCUAAGUAUUCAGUGUUGUGAAAACAUGCUCAAUAAAGAUGACUGCUUUUUCCAA